AUGUUGACCUACAUGGACAUGCAUUUAAAAUGCACACUUCCAGUUAUCGGCGUAUUGGCUUUGAUCACCCGGCCGUUUAUGUGUCGCAUGGAGGCUGCCAAGAUCGCGUUCAUAAGCAUCGUAGCACUACUCUACACGUCGCUGUGUUACAACUACAGUAUUCUCAACGGAGCUCGGACGUAUUCGCCCGAACAAAUUUCUGCCUCCAUAGGAAAUGUGCCCGUCGAAGAGUACAUGUCCGUUGUUCUGCAAGUCGUUCUGGUGUCGCUAUGGGCCUACCUCUGCGUCCGGUGGAAGACCCCGUGCAUGAACUUCAACCAUGACAAAGAGAGUUACCAUACAAUCCGUUGGAUGCCCAUCAUAUUCCUCAGCCUCACAACGGCCAUUGGUUACGGUAUGGCCGUCCCGGGACGAGAAACGUUUUAUCUGGGAAGCAUAAUGUGUUGGGCUUCGCCCGUGAUAAUGCUCAUGUGGUACGGUGCCGGAAACUAUUUCAUGAAGCAUCUUAUACCGUCGUCUUUCGCGAUCGUCGUGCCGACUUUGUACCUGUUGUGGAUCAAUCGGUUGGCCCUGAAGGAGAACGUAUGGCAUUUAAAUGAAUCGACCAGUCUAAACUUAUUCAUAGCCAACGGUGUGCCAUUAGAAGAAGCACUGUUUACCUUUAUAACGACCGCGAUGGUAGUCUUGGCAGGAGCUUGUUACGACAAAGCGUAUGGUAUGAUCGUAACGUUUUCAUUGUUAUACCCACAUCAGUUCAGUAUUAGUUGGAACUUCAUUACUCAGAUGUUUAAGGCAUUCGUGACAUCGGAGUAUACAAUGCCGUCUAUUGUAACGGAGGACUUGAAAUAUUGUAUUCAAUUAUUAGAUUCGUCGAAUUUAUUCGGCACUUCUAAUUAUUUAUUCCAUACCGCAAUUCGUUUGGAUUUCUUAAUUAUAUAUGGAUUUACUCGUAUUACGGAUAACAUGAUCGAUGAUGAAUCAGAUUUCGAAAACAAAAAAGUUAAAUUGACACUCUGUCACAAAUUUCUCAACGAAGUUUUCGCUGACAGAAAAUCAGGUUUUGAAGUUCAUUCCAAACCGCAUGAAAUAAUCAUUGAUUGGAAACAAUACGAGUCCGAGUUGACAAAAGAAGAAUUGGCAAUUUUUCGUGCAUUCUCGAGAAUAGUAUUUCUUUUGCCUCGUAGGCCAUUUGAAGAGUUACUUGAAGGAUUUCAAUUGGAUCUCAAUGGUACAUUGUACAAAAAUGAAAACGAUUUACUGGUAUAUUUCACACUUGUGGCCGGAAGUUUCGGCGCAAUGUGUGUUUAUAUAAUCAUGUAUAGAUACAAUAUUGACAAGUACGAAUUUGUUGAAAAGGAUGAUUACUUAAUUAAAAAAUCAUACCAAAUAGGAAACGGAUUACAAUUUGUGAACAUUGCCCGGGAUCUAGUUCGUGACAGUGAAUCAUGGGGUAGAUGCUAUUUUCCUACUGAAUGUAUGGAUGACGAAAAAGAAGAUAUUAAGGUAUUGUGUGAGGAAAAGAAUCCAAGGUCCAUGGGAGAUAAAAAAUUGCAAAGAUACGCCCAAAUGAUGAUACAGUUGGCAGACAAACACCAAUUUGACUCAAUUGAUGCUAUUAAACGUCUGCCACUAGAAAUACGAGGUUCAAUUCUGGCGUCUACUGAGAUUUACCGAGGGCUUAUUAAUGCCAUCCAAUCUAGUCCAACUUUCCCUAACAAAGCAAAAUUAACAUCAUAUUAUAAGUUAAAGAUAUUAUUUAAGACAUUGUACAUUACGAGUAUGAAAUACGUCUUAUAAGUCUCUAUUUAAUAAUAUACAUAGUUGGACUCUACUGUCAUAAUUAAUGUAGCUCAAAUAGGAAAAUAUAUAAUUUAUAUCAAUUACACGGAUCGUUAAUUACAUUCUAUCUUUGUGCAUUUAUCUAUAUUUAUUAUUGUAUUAUUCUCUGAUCCAACAAAGAUUUUUGAUAUAUUUAGGUAUAUGUAUUUGUUAUUGAAUUUUAAUAAAAUGAAUUAAAGUGCAUACCUAUUUAAAGAUGCGAUGUCUAUUAUUUCAGCUCAUAAUAAUAUAUACCUAAUGUGCACUGUUACAGAAUAAUUAAUCGUUCAGAAAAUAUCCAUUUAUAAAAUUAAUUAAUGACAACCUUUGAAAAUCAAUUAAAAUAUAGAUAAUGACUGUCACGUGUGCAUUGAAUACUAAUCAACGACUGCCAUAGUAUCAUAUGUUUGAUUCCUCAAGCCUGUUACUCAAGUCUAGACUGAUCGGUAAUUUGACAAGAUAAGUUUGCAAUGUAAAAGAGGUAGUCCGUUUGAAAAAAAUUGAAAAACCUUCGUUUGUGUGCCACAAAUAGGUACCAACUCGUGACGUUGUAGAGCAGCUCCAAUCUUCAACUGUGAGGGUGGUUUAUGGUAGCAAAUUAUUGGCAAACUAUUAUGGCACUUUGAGUUACAGAUUUUUGGAUUAUCAUGACAGGCACAUUUAUUAGUCUUAAAUUUCAUUUUUUUUAAAUCUCUGUGGACCAGUCAUACUAAUAAAUGUUUCUAACCUAAUAACCGCUGUUUCCCGAAAAGUGAUCCCUUUAUGUCCCUCAUGUGCUUAUUUCAAAAUAUAUUUGAGUUUAAAAAAAUGAUGUGUGACGUGCAAAUCAUUAAAAUAAUAACAAAUUUUAUAAUACGUACAAUUGGAUAAAUAAAGGCGAGCACACGGUGUGAGUAAGUCAAGCUCAGACCAUCUCAUUGAAAAUUAUAAUAGUAUAAAAGGUGAAUAAAUUGUUCAUCAAACUGACUUGGGAUAAAAGUCAUGGCCUAUGAUAGUUAUGACAAUUGACAUAAUUUCCAGGCAACGUUUAUAAAACCACAAACAUACUAUAAAGCAAUAUUAUAUUGUAAAAACCUAUAUAUUUUAGUCAUUGACUAACAAUUCAUGCCAUUUCAAAAAUGUAUGUCUUAAAUUAUGGUCACUAUCUAUUUAACAGUGUGCACUGUAUAGUAAAUUAAAUUAUGAAAAUGUAAUGACUUUAUGUGUUUAUAAUAAAUUAUAUUGUCUUAUCUGUAUGGAGUCAUAUUUGUUGACUUAUGGGAAAGAUUCUUGAAAGUUCAACAGUUUUCUCUUAAUUUUUAAAGUAUUUGUGUGUAUAAGUUAGAACAAAUAUUAUUAAUAAUAUUCAUUAUUUAU